AUGGGUGGCAGCAAAGGCACUCAUCGCAGCCCUGUGUUCCUUGCAGGUCCUUCCAGUAGCUCAUGGACAGACUAUGAGAUCAGGAUCUUCCUGAUGGAGUGGGAAGGUGUUGAACAGCAAGUUGGCCACCCAGGCAAGAAGGUGCACAAGAAGACCAGGGCUCUGUGCCAGCGCCUCUCUCAGUGGGGCCUGAAGAAGAGCUGGACGAGUUGCUUCUACUUGUUGCUGAGCCUGCAGGAUCUGCACAGGAUUCUUUGUACUGAGAGACCAAGGGUGCAGCCCCUGUUUUCUCCCUAUAGGGAGGCCCUGUACAGAAUCCUGGGUCCCCAUGUUCAGGAAAGCCCUGUCCCAGGUCCUCUUUGUGAUGGGUCUGGUGACCCCCAACUCUCCAUGUAUUGUCAUCCUUCCUGGAACCAGCCUUGGGACUAUGGUGUCCCUGUUCCUCGUGCAGAGCUUCAAGGGAACCCAGUGCCUAUGAUGUCCAAGGAGGAUUCCCUGUUUUCCAGAUGGAAGCCCUGGAACCCCGACUACCAUCUUUCAGCUCCACACCUGCAUCCUGCCUCUGUGCCAGGAGAUUCAAGCUUCCAGCAGCCCUGGUCCACUGCAGAAUAACAGCACCCAGACACUCACUGAAGUCUGUGCUGUUUUUUAAAGUGUAUUUCCUGAAAAAAACCCAGAAUC